GACAUGGACUACGAGACCGCUGUCAUCCACUAUAGGCUGGCCUCGGAGCAGCAGCACAGCGCUCAGGCCAUGUUCAACUUGGGCUACAUGCACGAGAAAGGCCUGGGCAUCAAACAGGAUAUCCACCUGGCCAAGCGUUUCUACGACAUGGCUGCUGAGGUUAGUCCCGAAGCUCAGGUGCCCAUCUUCCUGGCUCUGUGUAAACUGGGCCUGGUCUACACCCUGCAAUACCUGCACGACCUUAACAUGAGUGAGUUGGUCAGUCAGGUGGACCUGGACCAGCUCCUGGGCCCUGAGUGGGACCUCUACCUAAUGACGGUAAUCACCCUGCUGCAAGGCACCGUCAUCGCCUACCGCCAGAGACAACACCAGGCAAUGCCCACGCAGCCUCCUCCUCCCCCAGCCAGGCCUGCUCAGGAGCAGGCCCAGCCGGAGGCCCAACCUGAGGCCCAGGCCCAGCCCGAGGCCGAAGAGGCGCAGCAGUGAGCGAUAGAGAUGGAGUGGGAAGAGGGAAAGGGAAGGUGAUAUCCUCGCCCAUACCCUCUUCUCUGGGGGGGUUGGUGGGGUGGGUAAAGGCAGACUAACUUGCUCCCAUCUUGGGCACCACCUUUUCCCUCCUGACUCCGGGAUGUUGACCACAGACUGUAGGCUACUGAACAGGCCAGACUCGCCCUACUUAACUCUCUGUCUCUGUCAAUGCUCUCAGACCUUCCAAGUUGAAGAAUGAAGAAAGGAAUUGGUGAGAGGGAGAGUGGAGCAGGUUGAUGGACAAGGCCAUGGAACAGAGGCUGUAGAAAAGACAAUAUAGACUCGAAACCUCUUAGUGUGUGACUCAGGGUACCGGCAGCAGAAUCACUUCUCAGAACUAGCCACGUGGGGCGAUCAAGGCAUCUUCUUAAUUAUCGUCCGAUUUGGGAAUGAAACUGUCUUGUUUUGUGCGCUCUAGUUGCGAUUGGGCUUCGGAAACAACAGACAGAUUUUUUUUGCGCUUUUCCUUUUCAGAUUUGAUGUACGAGUUUAA